ACUUUUUCUUUGGUUAAUGGCAAAUGGCAAGUUAAAGUUAAUGGUCAACUAAUAUAAUAAAAAAAACUUUUUCUGAUUGUCAAAGUGUGGGGUGUUCAAAGAUCUAACAAUACAUUAUUAUACAUUAUUACUCUACAUUUUUUUGAGUACCUUCCAAAUGAGAUGAAACAAAAUGAAUAAAGAUGCUGAAAUGAAGCAAUCAUCAUGGGACCUACAAACAUCUCCAAAUAAACCAUGGCGAAAGGUUCUAUAUGAGAAACAACCAUACCCAGACAACUAUACUGAUGAGAAAAUGUUUCUAAGGGACCUGAAGAAGAACAUUGACAUCAAAGAGAUAACUUUUCUCGAAGCUGUUGCUGGAGCCUCCUUACUUCUACAAGAAUUCUGCAAUGUAGUUGCAUUUGUUCUCAUUUACUUCUAUAUAUUAUAUGAAUGGAUAGACCCCUUUGUCAUACUUGUGUCCAUGGGAAUUUCAACUGUACUGGGUUUUAUCUAUUACCGAUUUUUCUUAAGUAACAGUGUGGAAAACAGAAUAGGAAGUGACUUGAGAACACUGAUUACCUUUAUAGUAUUUGGGAGAUUGUUUUCACCUGUUUUUCACACCUUAACUGAUACCAUAAGUACAGACACCAUUUAUACUAUGACUUUUGUAAUGAUGCUUGUUCACUUGAUAUUCUUUGACUAUGGUGUAGGGGCUGCCAUUGUAUCAAGUAGUUUAUCAGUUAGUGCUGUUGUAUUCUGUUCAAUUUGUUUGGCUUCAAGGUUAUCAUCAGCAAACAAUGCUUUCAUUUUGAUUACAACUGCUGUAGUAAUGUUUGUAUUAUUUCCAGUUCUGAGAACAGAGAUGAAUAACCCAAAUUCCUUCAAAGUGUUGUUUCUCCUUCUCAAUACUUAUUUUCUUUAUCAUGUCAGUAUAUUUGCAACAAUAUUGUUUCUCCUGGUGGUCAUUUUGAUUUGUAUAAUUUUUCCCUUGUUGUAUGUUCAUUAUCAAAAAUAUAAAGAAAAUAUAUAUGGCCCUUGGGAUGAAGCAAUAGUUGAUGAUGCUGAUAGUAUAAUAUGCAAUUCAAAUUCUAUUUUUCAACAUUCUGCUGAUGAUUUGAGAUAACAUUUAUGCAUAAAAACCCCCAGUGCUGCUCACAAAUAAGUAUUGUUUUGUUGAAGAGAAAAAUUACCUACACUAUAAUAAUUCAAGCCCAUGUCUAGUAUAGUAAUUAGAAUGGACUUGUGCCAAAUAUGCUGUAAUCUGUCAUUUUAUAAAAAUAUGUUUAAAAAUCAUGUAGUAGGUACACAUAUGUUUUUUGAUAAUAUAAGGGGCAAGUGAAAGAAGGGGUCAAGUAAAAUUUUCUGAAAAUAUUCAGUUAUGUCAUGGAAGGUGUUAUGUGCAUAUGUAGCUUGCCCCCUUUCUAUUCUUCAUAUCUGAGCAGAUUCACAGUGGUAGAAG